CACACCAAACCCGCCGACCCGCCGACACAGCCCGGCGGCUUGGUGUCGGCGACCCAAACCCGCCAACCCGCCAACAUGUGUCAUGGGGCUGUGUCGGUGAGUUAGUCGGCGGCAAGAAAUCAGUACAACUUUUUUAGUUAGUGAUUGCAGUGUGUACGAACGUGACGUGUUGUUUUUCUCGAAUAUUGCAGCCUACAAUAAACAUGGAUACUGAUGCUGAUCUAAUAAUAGCAGCAUGUGGAAUAAUUUUAGCUGGGUCCCUGAAGAGAAAACGACAGUGUUGGGUUAGACCAAGCUUAAUGAGUCGCAGUCGUUACAGUAACAGUGAUAGAAUAAAAGAUUUAAGAACAGACGAUUUGAUUGUAAAAAGACCCUUACAUUUUAAGACAUUUAUGUCGUUAACGUUUACCGACUUUGAAUAUUUACUAAGCAUUGUUGGACCCACAAUAGUUAAAAAAAAUACAAAUUACAGAAGUGCAAUUUCACCAACGGACAGAUUAUCAUUAACAUUAAAAUACCUGACUACGGGAGAUUCAUUCAACAGUCUUUGUGACACCUUUAAAGUAUCUCCUCAACUUAUUUCCUACAUUAUUCCAGAAGUGUGCCAAGCUAUCGUAGAUGGACUUUCGGAUUAUGUGAAGAUUCCACGAACAUCAAACGAAUGGACAAAAGUUGCAGAUGGAUAUCUGAGUAGAUGGAAUGUACCUAAUUGUGUUGGAUCUAUGGAUGGAAAGCACAUUAGAAUUGAAUGUCCAGCACGAAGUGGAAGCGAUUAUUUUAAUUAUAAAAUGUAUUUCAGUAUUGUACUGUUUGCAUUAGUGGAUGCAGAUUAUAAGUUUUUAUACGCUAAUGUGGGGUGCCAGGGUCGCAUUUCCGAUGGUGGUGUAUUUGCUAACUCUUCAUUAUGCAGAAUGUUAUAUAAUAAUGAUUUAAAUUUGCCAGAUAAAAAACCUCUACCUGGAAGAAUUAUGCCAGUACCCUAUUUUUUUUUGGGCGACGAUGCGUUUCCUUUACAAACCAAUAUUUUAAAACCUUAUGAUGGUAAUCAUGCGAAAGGGUCUCCCAAGAGAGUGUACAACUAUCGCAUGUGUCGAGGUCGAAGAGUAGUUGAAAACGUAUUUGGACAGUUAACAAAACAAUUUAAGAUAUUUAACAAACCCAUCCAGCUAAAUCCACAAAAAGUUACUAUUGUAACAUUGGCAUGUAUUCAUUUGUUCAAUUAUGUAAAACGACAUGGUAUAAUACAACAAAAUGAAUAUGAUACUGAAAAUAGUAGGGGAGAAAUCAAUCCAGGAGAUUGGCGCAGGGAACCACGUGAAAAUAAUUUGUUUGCUGACUUGCCUAGACAAGACAAUACACAUUCCCUUGAGGUUACAAGGACACAAUCUCCUGAGGUUAUAAGGACAGAAUUGGUUCAAUAUUUUCUUUCCGAUGUCGGGAGAUUACCAUGGCAGAAUGAUCAAUGACUAACUCGUAAGUUU